ACCGAUACCGAAUCCUUUCUUUCUUUUAUAAAAGCUUAUCUUUGCAUGCGUCUACAACAUUAAAUAAUCAUGAAAAAGUUGAAUAAAAAAGUUUAUGAAUUCAAUAUGAUCCUUUUUUCUAGAAAUUUUCUUUAUAUAUGUAUACACGGAAAAACUUUAUUCUAAAUUUAGUCGCAGUAAAACUUCAGGAUAUAAACUUUAUGAAAAUUAAAAAUAGUCUGCGUUCGAGAAAGGCUAUUGAACUGUAUUUGUAGUUACGAUGACAACGACAAAAAAUAUAAACUGGAAUAGUAAUACUCAAUAUGCUUUUGGUCUUUAUAAACUUAUUACAAAAAGUCUUGGGAUUUGGCCAUUCGACUGUCAAUCAAUCUUAUCAAAAAUACAAACACUGAUUGUUAUUAUUCUCGAGAUAACAAUGGCAGCCAGCAUUCUAUUUGAAACUAGCCUUAACUGUGGUGCAGUGCAUGAUACUACUCAAAUGUACUCCCUAUCAACUUGUUGUUUUAUUGUAAUAGUAAAAUUAGCAACACUCAGAAUUAAUAAUGAAAAAUUUCUUACCAUUAUUUCAUCAAGUAUACAUGACUGGACGACGAUACUAGAUCCAAAAGCUUCUAAAGUUAUGAAAAAGAAUGCAAAAUUGGCUCGAUUUGUUUGCCUUUUUCAAAUGAUUUCUGCAUAUAUGACAGCAGUCAUUUUUAUUAUGGGACCAUUAGCAUUCCUCGCUAUAUAUGAUAUGCCGAUUGAUGUUAAUAUGACUAGCAAUUCCUCUGUUCCAAAAUUUCAACCUCUGCCUUUGCAAACUGGAUGUUUAUUUAAUGAAAUGUCAUCACAUACAUAUUCUGCAAUUUAUAUUCUCCAAGCAAUCCAAAUUUUAUCGACAUGCACUGGUAACGUGGGAAGCGAUUGUUACUUUUUUGGAAUCACUUUACAUGUCGCAGGACAACUCGAAUGGCUAGGAGAACAAUUUCAAACUUUGAAUAUUAAAUCAACUGAACAAGAAUACACGAAAACACUCGGACCUCUUGUAAGAAGGCACAAUCAAUUGAUACAGUUUGCAAAAGACUUGGAAGAUUCAUUCAAUAUUUGUAUUAUUCUCGUACUUGCGGUGAAUAUGGUCCAAAUCUGUUUAAGUGGAUUGCAGAUGAUCAUAAGCUUGCGAAAUGGAGAUACUGCCACAGUCGUUAAUGGAGUCAUCAUUCUUUACAUACUAAAUCUUCAAAUCUUUCUUUAUAGCUAUGCUGGUGACCGAUUGAGUUCUGGAAUAGCAAAUUUGCACACUGCGAUAUACUGUGGUAAAUGGUACAACUUACCGCAAAGAGCAAUCAAAGACCUGGUGUUCAUUAUGCUUAGAACUCAUAAAACGUUUAAUUUAACAGCCGGAAGAAUUUAUGCUAUGAAUAUUGAUAGUUUUAAAAAUAUUUUAAAGGCUACUUUAUCUUAUUUUUCGGUGAUGCAAGCUAUGUUUGAAGACUAAAUGUACAUUAAUAUUUAUAUGAAUAAACAGUUUAACUUUA